ACACACACACACACACACACACACACACACACACACACACACACACACACACACUUACUCACUCACUCACUCACUUACUCACUCCUUUCUCUUUUCAAAAGCCCCUUGUGAAGCAGAUUGACAGGCUAGAAUGAAAAUGAGGCGGACGCUCGGUCACGACUUCAGUGCGUACGCGUCCUUUUGAGAAGACCUCUAAACUUGGAAAAUAUCACCAUGGGAGCUAUUUGGGCUGCAAGGGACUUUUGUUUGUUUUUGCUCUUGUUAAAUAGCCGCCAAAGCGCAGCGCUUCCAGAGAUUCGAGCAGAUCCAUGUGUAGAGGGAAGUGAUGGCUGUCACAUUGAUGCUAUUUGUCAGACUACCCAAGGCUCAUACAAGUGCACGUGUAAAGCAGGCUUUAAAGGAGAUGGAAAACACUGUGAAGACAUUGAUGAAUGCGACUUGGAGUACAAUGGUGGCUGUGUACAUGAGUGCAACAAUAUACCAGGCAAUUAUCGCUGCACUUGUUAUGAUGGAUUUAAUUUGGCACAUGAUGGACAUAACUGUCUAGAUGUGGAUGAAUGCAAAUUCAACAAUGGUGGGUGCCAACACACUUGUGUCAACACCAUGGGCAGCUAUGAGUGCCGUUGCAAAGAGGGCUUCUUCCUCAGCGACAACCAGCACACAUGCAUCCACCGCUCUGUGGAGGGCCUCAACUGUAUGAAUAAGGAGCACGGCUGCGCCCACAUCUGCAAAGAGACACCCAAAGGAGGUGUGGCCUGUGAGUGUCGUCCAGGGUUCGAGCUGGCCAGGAACCAGAGAGGCUGCAUCUUAACUUGUAACCAUGGCAACGGAGGCUGCCAGCACACAUGCGAGGACACAGAGAACGGCCCCAUAUGCAGGUGUCACGCCAGGUAUACCCUGCAAUCUGACAAGAGGUCGUGUAUAGAACGAGAUGAAGCCACCACCGAGUCUGCAGACCACAACGUCACUUCCUUUACUGAGGUGGACAAACGUGUCAAACGAAGACUGUUAAUGGAAACUUGUGCGGUGAACAAUGGGGGGUGCGACUGCACUUGUAAAGACACAUCCACAGGCGUGCGCUGUAGCUGCCCAGUCGGCUUCACACUGCAGCCGGAUGGAAAGACAUGCAAAGAUAUUGACGAGUGUGAGCUUCGCAACGGCGGCUGCGAACACUUCUGCAGGAACACCAUUGGCAGCUUUGAGUGCAACUGCAGAAGAGGCUUCAAGCUGCUGACAGACGAACGUUCUUGCCAAGAUAUAGAUGAAUGUUUUUUUGAGCGGACAUGUGAUCACACGUGUGUGAACUCCCCCGGUGGUUUUCAAUGUCUGUGCAACAAAGGCUACACCAUGUAUGGGCUGGCCCACUGUGGAGAUAUAAAUGAAUGCAGUGUGAACAAUGGCGGUUGUGAGCAGGGUUGUGAAAACACCAUGGGUGGAUUUGAAUGCUUUUGUCAUCUUGGCUAUAAGCUACACUGGAACAAAAAGGACUGCAUUGAGGCUGAGGGUUUCCCACCUGCUAACCCCCCCUCUAAACCUACCUUGAACUGUAGUAAGCAGGAGGGAGGGGACCGCUGCUUCUUGACAUGCCAGUCUCAAGUUCACAUCAGCAGUGGGACGGAGGAUUCCUACACGGUGACCUGUGGAAUGCCUCUGCCCUGCUUGGCUGACGCACAAAAGAACAACAGUGGAUUGCAUUGCUUAGGUCCAGAAAUGGCCAGUGUUCCACGCAUUAAAACCACAGCCACUUUUAAGUCCAGCACUGCAAAAUGCAACUUAAAAAGAAGUCAGGAGAAACUCAAGGAAAGCUUAAACUCAGCACACUCAGAUAGCAGGUUCUUCUUCACUGAAAAUGUCCAGUUCAGCUAUGUGAGCCUGCGCUGCACCCCGUCCGUGCAGCGAACGCGCAGCCGCCAUGGCAGGAAAGCUGGCGAGGAGGACGGCUCCUCGAUAACAGCUGAGUUUGAGCUGGAUGUGAACCUAGAGGAGGUAACAGCAGAGAGCUGUGACCUGAACUGUGUGCGCCGACGCUCAGAAAAGAGGCUCAGGAAGACCAUCAGGACCCUGAGGAAGUCCAUCAACCGGGAGCAGUUCCACCUCCACUUUGCCGGGUCUGACUAUGAGCUCGCCAAAAGUUUGGGCAAGCCAGCUGAACUCCCAGGACACUGUGUGGCGGGACAGGUGCUGGUGGGCAGGAAGUGUGUGAGCUGCAGUGUUGGGACUUACUACGACGGGCAUCAGGGACGGUGUGUGUUGUGUCCAGCUGGAACGUAUCAGGAUGAGGAGGCACAGAUGUCUUGUGAGGUCUGUCCUCGACCUGAAGGAAGAGAAGUCUCCAAGGUAGUCGGAGCUCGAAACUUGUCCGAGUGUGGAGGUCAGUGUUCCCCGGGUCAGUACUCUCAUGAUGGCUUCACCCCCUGCCUGCCCUGUCCACUGGGAACGUACCAGCCAGAAGUGGGACGCACCUCCUGCUUCCCUUGUGGAGGGAACUUGGUCACAAAGCGCAGUGGUGCUGUUACCUUUCAGGAGUGUGAGACUAAAGUCCAGUGCUCUCCAGGACAUUACUACAACACCAGUACACACCGUUGCAUCCGCUGUCCCACGGGCACGUAUCAAGGAGAGUUUGGGCAGAACUACUGCAUCGCCUGCCCUGGAAAUACCACCACCGACUUUGAUGGCUCCACUCACAUCAUGCAAUGCAAAAACCGACAAUGUGGAGGAGAGCUGGGAGAUUUUACUGGUUUCAUCGAGUCCCCCAACUACCCAGGGAAUUACCCAGCCAAUGUGGAGUGCACUUGGACCAUCAACCCACCGCCCAAACGCAGGAUCCUUAUUGUCGUCCCAGAAAUCUUCCUGCCUAUUGAGGACGAGUGCGGUGACUACUUAGUAAUGAGAAAGAGCUCUCUCUCCAACUCUGUGACAACCUACGAGACUUGUCAGACAUACGAGCGCCCCAUCGCUUUUACCUCCCGCUCCAAGAGGCUCUGGAUACAGUUCAGGUCCAACGAGGGAAACAGUGGGAAAGGCUUCCAGGUCCCAUAUGUAACAUACGAUGAGGACUACCAAGAAUUGAUAGAAGACAUUGUCAGAGAUGGAAGAUUAUACGCUUCAGAGAACCACCAGGAAAUUCUCAAGGACAAGAAACUCAUGAGGGCGUUGUUUGAUGUACUGGCUCACCCACAGAACUUCUUCAACUACACAGCACAAGAAUCAAGAGAAAUGUUCCCCAAAUCCUUCAUCCGCUUCCUGCGCUCCAAAGUCCUGAGAUUCCUUCGCCCUUAGGACGGGCAGUUUCUGGAUAUUUCAUGAAAAACCUAGAUUAGAUACUGGCCAGAGUAUCUAUUUUAUCCACUGACCCCUUUAAGAUUAUUCUGUAGUUAUCUGUUUUCACAUGGAGCAACACUAGAGUGGACUACACACCUGAUAAAACUGAUCCUAAAGAGAAGGUGGACAAGUGGAGCUUCAAGAGGGAAAAAUGGUCGGUGGUAUUGUGGCCAUCCUCAGACGGGAAUCUGGAUAACUUUGUUUGGAAAUUUGGCGUCUGUAAUGACUUUGGAUUUUAAAGUUACCAUCUCAGGAUUCAGUGCUGUACAUGCCAACAUUAUGAGACAUUUGCUAAUAGCAUCAUUAUGAAAAACAAAUGCUGUAGCUAAACAGAUAUAUACUGAAUGCCAGUAAUGCUGUAUAUAGAGGUGUAUCUAGUUUUAACAUAGGCUACUUUUACAGGUAGAGCUUAAUUGACAGAAAUACUGCUAAAUGUCAGAAACAAAUAUAGCACAAAUGUUUUCUCGGGAACAUUAGCACUACUAAAGAAGUAGGGGCACCAUAAGAGCAAUUAUUCAGAUGAAUGUUUUGUAUAUGAUGUUACAAGUUUUAGGUGAAAUGCUAGCAACUACGUACACUUUUGACAGUGUAGCAUUGCUGCAAUUGCUGGUGGCACAUGUAUUUGAUGUUUCAAGGUGUGUGAAUGAGUGCUACUGCAUUGAAAAAGUGACACCAGAAUGCAUCAAUAUAUUUUGUAUUGUUUACUAGCAACCAAAGACAACUGUUCAGAGUACAUGAAAAGAAAUGAAAAGUCCUGUAAAAUAGAAUUGAGCUAUUCAUCUGUCUUAGAUGCCAUGUGUAUGUAUAUUUUUUUUAUUGUUUUGUACAUCUAAUAUGCUGUAAAUAAAGAUAGGAAACUUA